AUGCCUCCGCCAUCUCCUCCGCAGAACCCAUCCUCAUCGUCGCUCCAUCAUGGCUCUGCUCCUCGAGGUCCUCCCACCACAUCUCCCUUCCCAGGCGUGCGCGAACUCAGCAACCACCGCGCCGGUAUGUCGAUAUCAUCGAUACUCGGCGGCGGCGAAGAGCGUAAACCCGUCGGUUCGCCUCACAGCUCGAUUGCCGCACCGUCCUCGACGUCCAAAUCGAUGCAACCACCUUCGCCUGCAAGAGCACGAUCAGCAAGCAUGCGCGAGGGGAGCGAUCGAUACAUGAUGAAGGGUGCGAGCCCUCCAAGGCCGGGAAUUUUCGCUGAGCCCCCGCGGACAGUGUCAGAGCCUCGUAGAGACGGCAUAUUCGGUUCUCCACAGUUUUCUAGAGAACCUGCGCAUGGCUUUCGCACCUACCAGAUGCCUCCACACGACCAUGUACAUCAUCAGAACGGACACGGAGUACCGCCAAUGCGACCAAAUAGCCAGCCUGUAGACAUUUCUGGGCCCAGCCGGACCGAAAUUCCCACGCCUUAUGACAGUCGACCAGACUUUCGAACGAGCGCAUUCCGAAAUUUUGGAGAGCCGCCACCUCCACAAAGAGCCGAGCCUUUGCCCAGGCAAGAACGUGCUGCAUUCCAUAAUGGGGUGACCUCUCAUCCUCAAGAACGGCCUACUUUUGGUAGUCCCCAGGUUGAGCGCGCGCAACCUCCCAUGCGCUACCAGGCUGGUAGCUUUGGAACGCCUCUGCGGGAGGAGCAAGCGACCUCCUUCAGGCCUUCGUAUGCGCCGACCUCUCACCCCACGGCAGAGAUGGCAAGAGAAUCCAUCGAAGGCACGGGUCACGAUAUACGGCGUCAGUAUCCUCGUCCGUCACCACCUCCGUCUGAACUACCCGCGUACGAACGCAUGCGCAACGGAGUUGUGGAGCGGCCCAUGACAUUGGACGAACAUCAUCGACUGGAGCAUCAGCGCGAACAACAACGCAAAGAGAGCGAGGGAUCUGUUCAUCGAUCUUUGCUCGGAAUAAGCCCGGAAUUGAAUCGCAGAGGUCGAAACUCCCCUCUUCCCCAAGCUGUUCAAGGAGCACAGCCCAGGCAUAUUGGGCCUGGUGGGGACAACCCUGGAAUCAAGAUGGAGUUUGGGCGCAUGUUUUCUGGUCUUGGGUCUGGAGUAGGAAGUGCUACUCCCAACCCAACUCAUCCUGCGAUUGGAAUUACUACUCCAUCCAGGAUGACGCCCACGAGGCAUUUGGAGAGAGGCGAUCUAGUUCAGUCUGCUGUUGUUGAGCUCGAUGGAAGAAGGUCUACAUCGAAAAUAGGGGCACGGAAGAAUGGACGAAGGCCACGCGAAGAAGGAGAAUAUGCAAACGACAAUGGCCGAAAUACUCCGGACCAGCAACGUGGCACGAAACGAGCGAAAGCAAACAGCCACUCAGCACCGCACCAUCAUCAUCAUGUUCAUCCGCAUCACCACCACCAUCACCAUCACGAAGCUAAUGAAAACACCGCCGGGCCUUUCAACAUGAUGCGAUUUCCCUCUAACCCGCUCUCUCAUAGUGGUACGGCCGGCAAUCCGGCGCAUCAUCACCACCAUCACCACGCACAUCCUGGUCAUCACCAUCACCAUCCUCCUCGAUCAGCAGCGCCCGCUCGCCGACCCUCAACAACGGUGCUCAGUAAGCGAGUGCUUGACGAAGUCAAGGCGAAACCUCGAAAACAUCUUGGCUCGCAGCUGUACACGACUGAGCUUUCUCUGCCUUCAGCCGCAGAGACGCCGCUCGAUGCCAAAAUCAAGUUCAGUAGCAAGAUGACACCUAUACCCCUUUUCGAAGGCAAGGAGAACUGUACAUUCACUAUACGCGUACCAAGAUACUAUCUCACCUCAAGUCAGGCUGGUGCAGGUCAGAAUUGCAGCUUCGAAGAAAUAUGUCUGCGACGCCAGCUAUGGGGCUCAGAGAUAUACACGGAUGAUUCAGACGUCGUCGCUGCAGCCGUGCAUUCCGGAUGGCUGGAAGGCGAUUUUGGCGAACACAAUGAUGACUUGAAAGAGUUGCAAAAGUCCUUGAAAGACGACGAGACGAAAGAAGCAAAGCAAGCUGAGAAUGGAGACGACGUGCCGCUCUCGUUGACAGCACCUCCGCCCAAACCCGUCAAAGUACCCCAAGACCACGAUGCCCAUAUCACGAUACUCAUCUUGCCACCUCUCGAAAGCUAUGCAUCCACGCACCAAAAUCACGUAACGUCCAGGGAAUGGAAAAGGGGACAUGACGGCAUGUCAUUCAUGAUUCAUGGUAUUGAUUUUGUGGAUGAAGGCCCUUCGAGUCGAUAUGCCGAGCGCGGCGCUGCUGCACGAAAGAGAAGGAUAACAAUGGAGGAGGCUGAUCGGCGUGAAGCAGCUGCAGGCUUGCUGCUGAUUGCUAACGGCAUGGGCGCAGGCGCUGGGACGGUGCGCGUUGGAGCGUAG